AUGGUCAACGUCCAGAGCCUGAACAGCGAGAAAUCAGCAAUGGCAACAGAAUUUUGGGGUCCGCAGACCUCUUAUCUAAACCACCCCCGAACCGUUUCUUCCCCACCGAAUCGAACACCCGAGAACUCUGACAGACCUCCUUACGAUAACCAGGACUAUGUUAUUACUCGAUAUAUUGCCGAGUUUGUCAACACACUCAGCAGUCUCGCCUACGUUGCCUAUGGGCUCUACGGCUUGUUCAGCUGCCCCCAACUUCCAACUGGCUCGCGCUUAUUCUUGUACUGCGGUUUGGUGGGAGUGGGAAUCUGCUCUGGCGGAUACCACAUGACACUGAAAUACCAUACUCAAAUGUGUAUGCACCCUUUUCUGCCCACCAGAUAUCCACCUCUUGCUGAUCAUCUUGGCUUUGAAGCCGACGAACUCUCGAUGCAUCUGUUGACCACGCCGCUCGUCUAUCGCCUGCUCACCUUCCAAGCCAGCCCCCGACGCACGAUAUCGAUAGGGCUAGUGCUUUCAUCUCUCUUCACCCUCGUCAUGAUCACGCAUAUUGUCCUGGAUGAAUUUGUUCUCCAUGCAGUCACCUUUGCCUCGGGAGUACUGAUUGUGGCAAACCGAGUACUCAAGAUCAUUUCCCAACACAUUCCUGAUCCUCACGUCAGAAGCAGUCUUCGCAACGUCUCUCUCUUUGGCUGUUUUUGUUUUGGCUUCGGAUACUUUCUCUGGCUGAUUGAUGAAUUCGCCUGUCGGUACUUGACGGAUGCGAGAAACGUUGUCGGCUUGCCCUUUGCCUUCUUCCUGGAAUUGCAUGGAUGGUGGCACAUUCUUACAGCUCUUGGAAGCUACAUAGCCGUCGCCGUCGUAGACCUAAUAACGUCGGGAGAGGAGGUCGUCGAGGAUCCUACCAAGUACAUGGCCUGGCCUGUCCCUUUCGUAGCUAGUCACAUGGCCAACUCGCGUGAUUCAGUAAAGGAAAAGGCGUCGUAG